AUGCCAUCUGAGACGAAAGAAGCGGCGUAUGAUCCUCUAGCCUCGGACGAGAAGAGGUUUUCGCAAAGUUCCGAUGGUGUUGAAGACCAGGAAGACGGAAUAGGGUUGUUAAGGCGUGCCCGAAAAACUCCUUUUCGCUCUUCCUUUUGGGCAAGGGCGGGAGGAAAAGCUGUGGCCGCAGUUAAUUCUAUACUACUUCUAAGCAUUCUUGUUAUAUUGUUCGUGUCCCACCGCUAUGAGUACCAGUGUUCAGAAUUCGAAUGUGCCGCGAAAACGUCUUACUACUCUCCGGUGUUUGAGGACCCCCGAGCGAUUGAAUAUGAAUAUGUAAGGUUUCAGGGCGCCCUUGAGCAUCAAAGUGUCUACAAGGGAACGCCAAAUAAGGAACUCGAUGAGGCAUGGGUGGCCCUGACACAUAUGAACAAUUCCGGGGUGGAUGGCAAAGUUCUCGAUCGUAUCCAAAAGUCGCGUAUAGCCGUUAAGUACCCAAAGGAACAAGGGGGACUGUAUGAUGUUGGCAUCGAGGUUUUCCACCACAUGCACUGCUUGAAUCUGAUACGCCAGUACACGUACAAAGACUACUACCACCGCCCAGAGAACAAACCCAAGUCUUUUACAGACCCGGAACCUAUACUUCGUGCUCACAUCGACCACUGUAUUGAGAUGUUACGGCAGUCUCUGAUGUGCCAAGGGGACGUCGGUAUAAUCACAUAUAACUGGGUCCACCCCUGGGGUAUGUAUCCUGACUUUAGUACGGAGCACAAGUGCCGCAAGUUUGACAGAAUUGUCGAAUGGGCUGAUAAGCACGCACUACCGGAUGAUGACCCCGAACCCGAUUCUGAGACUGUUUGGUUAUCAGGCCCACCACAGUAA